CCCCGGGCUAGAGUUAAUAAUGACAUAAAAACAGCUGAUGAGAUCUGUUCUUAAUCUCCUCUGAAUAUUUUCAUUUAAUCUGUUCUUAUUGGAAUAAACAGCAGGAUGAAAACUUUCACACCCAUUAUUUUAUUUCUUGUGUGUGGUGUGAUCGGUGAUCCAGAUGAGGUGAAGUCAGUGACAGUGAUGGCUGGAGAUUCUGUCGCACUACAAACUGAUCUUAUUGAGCUACAGGAGGAUGAUGUGAUCUGGUGGAGGUUUGGAGAAGGUGAAUCUAAAGAUCUUUUGGCUGAAAUUGUUAAAUAUAAGAUCUGGUAUGCACGAGGGAGAUUCAGAGACAAACUGCAGAUAUCAGGCAGUCAGACUGAUCUCACCAUCAAGAACAUGAAGAUCAAAUACUCUGGACUUUAUGAAGCAGAGAUCAACAUCAACAUUGGAACAGUAUACAAAAGAUUUUUUGUUACUGUCAUUGAGUCUCCUCCUGUUAUUAAAGUUGGACCAAAUGAAUUGGCAUCUUUUACAGUGAAGGAGGGUGAAUCUGUUAUUUUACCCUGUAAUGUUCAAACACAAAGAGAUGAUCUGAUACUGUGGAGGUUUGGCGAUGAAAGGGCUCUCAUAGCUGAAGUUGAUAUGGAGGAUGAUAAGAUCUCAUAUAUAGAUGCUGAUGGGAGAUUCAAAGAUAAACUAAUGCUAAAUGAUCAAACUGGAGAUCUCAUCAUCACUGACAGCAAACCUAAACACACUGGAGUUUAUCAACUAAAGAUCAGCAGCAACAAACAAACAUUAUACAAGACCUUCGGUGUUAUUGUCAAGGAAGCAGGUCUGUCGUCAGGUGUUAUAGCAGUAUUAUGUGUUUUCUUCCUCCUGGUUAUUGCUGCUGUUAUUGCUGCUGGUUUGAUUUUGUAUCGGCGCAGGAUCUCUGAACUUCAAAAUGAAGUAAAGUCAAUAUCAGUAGUGAAAGGAGAAUCUGUCACUUUACACACUCAUAUUACUGAACUACAGGAAAAUGCUGUGAUUGAGUGGAGAUAUGGAAAUGAUGAGAUCAUAGCCAAAAUCGAGGACAAAAAUAUCACUAUAUAUGAUGAAGUUAUUGAUGGGAGAUUCAAAGACAGACUGAAACUGGACAGUGAGACUGGAUCUCUUACCAUCACUAAAUUCAAAGCUGAACACGCUGGACUUUAUGAAGUUAAGAUCACCAGCAGCAAAGGAACAUCAAACUCUAAAUUCAAUGUUUAUCUUGGAGCGAGGGUCAGAAAAGGAAAGGUGGGGGAAUCUGUGACUUUAGACACUUGUGUUGCUGAAAUCCAGAAAGAUGAAGAGAUUCUGUGGAUGUUUGGUGACAUGCCUAUAGCUCAAUACAUUGGAGGCACUGAUAAAACUACAUUAUAUAAAACUGAUAAGAGAUUUAAAGACAGACUGGCAAUUGACUAUCAAACCGGAGAUCUCACCAUCAGAAACAUCAAACUUGAAAACAGUGGAGAAUAUAAAGUACAGAUCAAGAACAGCAGCGGGACCAAAGAUAAAAUAUUCAAUGUUGCUUUCUCUGUGCAAGCUAUGAAGGGAGGAUCUGUUACUCUAUCUACUAAAGUUAAAAUAGAAGAAGGUGAUGAGGUGGAGUGGACUUCAGAAGAUAAAAGCACUCUUGUAACUGGAAUGAAUGGAGACGACAGCGAGACUUCAUAUACAGAUGAUGAAAGAUUCAAAGACAGAUUGAAGAUGAAUGCUCAGACUGGAGAUCUCAUCAUCAGAGAUAUCAGACAGACAGAUGAAGGAGUUUAUACACUAAAGCUGAUCAACACUGAUGGAAAAAUCACAUACAGAAUAUUUAAUGUUGAUGUCAAUGCCAAAGUUUAUGGAAACUUUCUGAAGCAGCAGAACCCAGCAAGAGUAAGAACAGGAAAGGUGGGGGACUUUGUCACUUUAGACACUGGUGUUACAAGAAUCCAGAGAGAUGAUGAGAUACUGUGGAUGUUUGGAGAUAUGCGUAUAGCUCGAUACAUUGGAGGCACUUAUGAAUCUACACUAUAUGACUAUAUUGAUGAGAUAUUUAAAGACAGACUGGAGGUAAAACAUCAGACAGGAGAUCUCACCAUCAGAAACAUCAGAACUGAACACACCGGAGAAUAUAAAGUUCAGAUCAAGAACAGCAAUGGGAACAAAAAGAGAAAAUUUAAUCUGGCUUUCUAUGUGCGAGCUAUGAAGGGAAGAUCUGUUACUCUACUCACUAAAGUUAAAAUACAACAAGGUGAUGAGGUGACAUGGACCUCAAAAGAUAAAAGCAUUCUUGUAACUGGAAUGAAUGGAGACGACAGCGAGACUUCAUAUACAGAUGAUGAGAGAUUCAGAGACAGAUUGGAGAUGAACCCUAAGACUGGGGAACUGACUAUCACAGAUAUCAGACAGACAGAUGAAGGAGUUUAUACACUAAAGCUGACCAACACUGAUGGAAAAAUCACAUGCAGAAUAUUUAAUGUAGAUGUCAUUGCCAAAGCUCAAGGAAACAAUAAGAUCCAGCCGAUCUCAGUGGAAGCUAUGCAGGGAACAUCUGUCACUCUACACACUAAAGUUAAAAUACAAGAAGGUGAUAAGAUGAAGUGGACUUUAGAAGAUAAAAGCAUUCUUGUAGCUGGAAUAAAUGGAGACGACAGCACAACUUUAUAUACAGAUGAUGAGAGAUUCAGAGACAGACUGAAGAUGAACGCUCAGACUGGAGAUCUCAUCAUCACAGAUAUCAGACAGAAAGAUGAAGGGGUUUAUACACUACAGUUGAUCAACACUGAUAAAAAAAUCAAAUAUAUACUAUUUAAAGUUGAUGUAUUCGGUGAGUAA